CACCGCUUUUCGAUGCCGGAAACCCUCUUCGUUUGGAUUCCUUCCCUGGCGGCGCUCGUCCUCCUCCUACUUUCUCUCUCCUAGGGUUUCUCUCCCGCGACUCCACCCCACUCUCUCUCCUCCCUCCCACGGCUCCUGGGUUUUAUCUUCCUCACCUCUCUCUCUAUCUCUAUCUCUCUUUCUCCUCUCUCCUAGGAUUUCGCGCUCGGAUCCCAUCGGAACCUCCCCCAACACGCGUGCCUCCUCGAGAUCUCACCAUGGCAGCCGUCGCUCCCACUGCUGACCAAGCUGCAGAUUUGCUGCAAAAGUUGUCGAUGGAUUCUCAGGCCAAGACUGAUGAUGCUGUGGAGGCUACCAAGAAGCCUUCUGCUAUUCAAUUUGGGUCUGCCAAUGGUGAAGUCCCAAACAUGCUGAUUCCAUCAGAGCGGUCAUUAACACCUCUACUUCCAGACUUCAUGGAUCCGAGCAUGUGUUAUUUACCCAAUGGAUACCCUUACUAUUAUGGAGGUUUCGAUGGUUCUGUCAAUGAGUGGGGGGAUGAUUACUCUAGAUAUUUAAACCAUGAUGGAGUGGAGAUGCCUCCUGGGUUCUAUGGAGAUAUGUAUCACCAUGGAUAUGGGUAUGCUCCUUAUGGUGCAUAUCCAUCUCCUGGUUCCCCAGUUCCUACCAUUGGGCAUGAUGGCCAACCGUAUGGUCCUCAGCAUUAUCAGUACCCAACUCCAUUUUUCCAACCACCAACUCCUACCAGUGCACCACAUACGGCAAACCAACCCCCUACUCAAAACGGGGUUUCGACUUCGGUCGCUGCUGAUCAGGCAUCCAUCCCAGUGGAUAGAAGUAAGGCCAACUCGAAUGGAAUUGCCAAUGGGAAUGCAAAUGGAAAUAGUGGGUCAGCACCUCAAAGGCUAACCAACCAAAAUCAGUCACUAACUUCGAAUGGUUCCCAUGGUAGAGGAGCUUUGCCAGGGGGACUGACUUCUGCUGGUUACAAGGAUCCAAGACUCAGUUUUGAUGUAAUGCGGUCCCCGGUACCCUGGUUUGAGGGACCUGUUUUCUCGAAUGGGCAACACAGACCAGCUACAACAAGCUCCAUGUUGUCUACAGUAUCACAUAAUGGUACAACUCCUUCGGCAAGAAAUCAGAAUCGCAGUCCUCUUCCUCAUGUUAUGGGUAUGCAUGCCCCAAGACCGACAUCUGGGAUGGGACCAGCAGCUCCUGGUUUCGUGAAUAGCAUGUACACAAACAACCGAUUGUAUGGCCAGAAUGCACUCAGAACUGGUGUUGGCUUUGAAUCAAAUAGUUAUGAUUCUAGGAUGAACGGGCGCUGGGGAUUGGUUGUGGACAGCAAGUACAAACCUCGGGGCCGAGGCAAUGGAUAUUAUGGUUAUGGCAAUGAGAACCAAGACGGUUUUAGUGAGCUGAACAGAGGGCCUAGGGCAGGGCACUUGAAAAACCAAAAGAUUUUUGGACCUACUGUUACAAUUGCUGCGAGGGGGCAGAACCUCUCUUCAAUUGGGAAUGAUGAUUCUAGUGUAAUACCAGAUAAGGAACAAUACAACCGUGCUGACUUCCCUGAGAAAUACACCGAUGGAAAGUUCUUCAUCAUUAAAUCAUAUAGCGAGGAUGAUAUUCAUAAGAGCAUCAAAUACAAUGUCUGGGCCAGCACCCCCAAUGGAAACAAGAAGCUGGAGGCUGGAUACCAGGAAGCUCAGCAGAAAGCUAGUGGAUGCCCUGUCUUCUUGUUUUUCUCAGUCAACACAAGCGGGCAAUUUGUUGGUGUUGCGGAAAUGGUGGGCCCGGUUGAUUUUAACAAGACCGUGGAGUACUGGCAGCAAGACAAGUGGAAUGGUUGCUUCCAUGUCAAGUGGCAUAUUGUCAAGGAUGUACCUAACAGUGUUCUCAAGCACAUCACAUUAGAGAACAAUGAUAACAAGCCAGUGACAAACAGUCGAGACACUCAGGAGGUAAAACUGGAGCAGGGUCUUCAAAUGCUCAAGAUUUUUAAGGAGCAUGCGAGCAAGACAUCCAUUUUGGAUGAUUUCAUGUUCUAUGAGAACCGCCAGAAAUUGAUGCAAGAGAAAAAGGCCAAGCAACAGCUUCAGAAACAGGCCUGGGAUGGAAAAACUUCUGAUGCGGUUGCUGGGGAGAAAGAGAACGAUGCUGCUAAUGGGAAGCCCAGAUUGCAGAAACCUUUGGAAUCUGUUACAAUUUUGAGCAAGGAUGUGCAGCAGGGUGGCCGUGAGGAGCGGAAGCCAUCCGAGAAAAAUGGUGUCGCUGCGGCAGCUGGUGAUGCCUUGAAGAUGGCUAAACCAGCAACAGAGAAGCGAGCUAUUGCGAAUGGUGCUGCCAGUGGAUGUUAGGUUAGCCAUUGGAACUUUCUAGAAGUGGUUUUGGAAGACCUUUUUUGUUGGCUCAAAUAAAUGUCGCUAUAGCUGGGAAUCCGAAACACAGAUUUUAAGGCUGCAGAAGAUUACAUUUGGGGUGCUGAGAUCUUGGGCUGUGAAAGCCUUCAUAGCGUUUGGCGUGUGAUCGGGCAUGUUUUCUCAAUGCCUUUAAUGCUGAGUUGAGUUGCUGGUUUCUCAUCUGGACUGUUGUUAGGUUUAGGAAUAUGGGGUUUUAUAGUGUUGAGUAGAGUGUACUGACAAGUUUCUUGUUGCCAAUUUUAGUUUUGGGGUUUGGAUUAGAUUGUUUUCUACUUCAAAUUGUCGUUCCUUUUAUGAAACCGUUGCUUCUCCUGUAAAUCUUUCUUUGUAUCUCUAAGAAUAAGAAGCUUGUUAAAAGUAUUGCAAUAGAGGAGUUGAAGAGAGCUGUGAGUAUGCUUUGCAUCU